AAAAUCCAGUUCUAGGCUUGACUUCGGCUACGUUACACGUACUUUUCAACAUGGACGAAGGAGCAAUGGAGGCGAUGAUACAAGAAAAAGUGCAGUCAGCACUGAAGGCAAAUAAUGAAGAUUUAUUGAAGAACAUUGGAACAAUGAUGGAAAAGAUAAGUUCACCUUCAAUUGUGUCUGUUAAUAACACUGAAAUACCAAAAUUUAAACGUAAGAGCAAUGAUGAACAGUUCAAACAUAAUUCAAAAGUUAUGACGAAGUUAGAGCAUACUGGGAGUCACAUCAGCUCAGGCAAUAUUGAAAAAGCGAAAGAAUCUCUCAUUGAAGCUAAAGACAUUGUGAAAAGGAGACAGAAACUGAUACAGCUAGCAGAUUCGUCGUCUUUAGGCUGGCGGGUUGUCGCAGAAUAUGAGACAAACCCAAUAGCGUCUGACAGUGAAGACGAGAAAAGGAUUUUCAAGGCGGAAGCCAGGGCUACAAGAAAAGUAAAAUCUGAAAAAAGCAAAUCACAAGUGAGGCAUAGAAGCUGGCCCUAUACUUACAAGAGACCCUCACAGGCUUCAGAGUCGCCAUUGGCACCCGGGACUCAGCGUUACGGGCAGACGAAUGCUUCCGGCCAACGUACCCGGCACGGUCUAUGUUUCUCUUGCGGAAACCCAGGACAUUGGAAAUUGGAAUGUCCACAGAAUAAAGCUUCUAAUAAUAAGAUAAGUACUUGUAUUAGUUCUGUUGCAUGUACUGAAGAUGUAUUAAUGAGUUAUUUAGACAAUUCUAUAUCAGAUACAAAAUUCAGUAGCAAAUGUUCACAGGUAGAACAUAAAUCAGAUUGCAGUGACACAUUUAUUGCACAAAAACAAAUUCUACCGUUUCACCGGUUGGUAGUUUGAAAAGAUGUAUUAUUAAGUGGAAAGAAAUUUCACAAGAUAUGUAUAUAUUAGAUGUUAUAGAAAAUGGAUAUAAGCUUCCACUUAAGUCCGUACCACCGCAAGUACAUUUGCAAAUAACAAAUCAGCGAGAGAAAAUCCAGAAUUUGUAAAUUCCGAAAUAGAAAGUUUACUUGUUAAGGGCGUAAUUUCAGAGGUGUACGAAAAACCUAUUAUUAUUAUAAACCCACUAACAGUAGCAUAUAACAGAGCAGGUAAACCUAGAUUAGUACUUGACUGCAGGCACAUCAAUCCAUUUUUGCAUGUCUUUAGCGUUAAGAUUGAAGAUAUUCGUAUAGCACAACAUAUGUUUGAUAAAUACACGUAUGCUUUCGUUUUUGAUCUCAAAAGUGCAUAUCAUCACAUUAGCAUAAGUUUAAAACAUACGAUGUACUUGGGAUUCGCCUGGCCAACAUAUGAAGGAACAAAAUAUUAUGUUUUCAAUUCUCUUCCUUUUGGUAUUGCCACAGCAGGUCAUAUAUUUACAAAAACACUAAAAUGUGUAAUAAAAUACUGGAGGACCAUAGGUCAUAGAGUUAUCAUGUUCUUGGAUGAUGGUAUAGGUGGUGACAGAAAUUUUGAGAGGGCCGUAGAAUCAAGUAGAUUUGUUAGAAAAAAUCUAUGUGAGCUAGGGUUUUUAAUAGCUGAAGACAAAUGUAGUUGGUUCCCAUCACGAAUGGUUACCUGGCUGGGUCAUGUAUUGAAUUAUAAUGAAAACAUGUUGUUUGUCACAGAAGAGCGUAUUAAACGCAUAGAAGUUUCAUUAGACUCUCUAAAAUUUCAGACUUCAUCUGACAGGACGCAUUUCGUACCAGUUAGAUUUUUAGCUAGCAUAGUAGGUCAAAUAAUAUCACUUUUAAGUGUAUUAGGCACAGUCGUAUGUCGUAAAACAAGAUACUUGCAUAAGUGUAUAGAUUCACGUAGAAGCUGGAAUUCUACCGUGUUGACUGAUCAAAAAGCGUUAGGUG